AUGGACGCCACGAGUGGUGGCCCCGGAACCACGGUGGUGGCCAAUCUUUUGGAUAGUUACAAUAGGACUAUCGUAUCUGAAAGGAGAAUAAUGGAUUCCGACAAUCCAACAUUGCAAUCAAUUCCUUUAAAGAUUCCAUCCAGUUUAAUAGCUGGAAGGACAUAUGCUGUUAAGGUACAGGGAGAAGGGAGAGUUAACUUUAGUAACCACACAGAAGUAUCCCUCAAUCCAAAGACCCAUUCUGUGAUGAUCCAGACUGAUAAAGCCAUCUACAAACCUGGACAAACCAUUCAUUUUCGUGUUUUUGGAUUUUACCCAAAUAUUUCCAUUGUGAAUAAAAAUAUAGAUGUAGCAAUUUUCGACCCUCUUGGAAAUAAAAUCGCUCAGUGGAAGAAUAAGGUACCUGAUAAUGGAGUGUUUACAGACAGUUUAGUCAUGUCGGACCAUCCUGUACUCGGGGAGUGGAAGAUAAAGGCUCUACAAGGGACUGAACCUCACUCUAAGACAGUGACUGUGGAUGAAUACGUAUUGCCAAAGUUUAAUGUGACGUUGGAACUUCCGCCAUACGGAGUCAGCAAUAGAAGUUUAACAAGUUUAAAAGUUAUUUCCACAUAUACAUUUGGUAAACCAGUAAAAGGAAUGGUUGACAUUAGAAUCCGUACGCCAUAUAACCAUUUUCCUUCAGUGUAUCAGCAGCUCAGGCGAUGCCAAGGGCAAAUUGAUGAGAUUUUUCAUCGUGCCCCAGUAAAUGGCCAGUAUAAGUUUGAUGUUGAGAAUACAAAACUUAAGAGCCUCGUAGAGGAUGAAGGCCUUAGAGAAUUAGAUUACAGUAGCCUUUUGUUUGACGUAAAUGUGACUGAAUCGAUAACUGGUUUACGUCAAAGUGCGUCUGGUUCUGUUAAGUUCUAUCCAACUGAAAACAAAUUACAGUUCCUCGAGUCACUUCCAUCAAAAUUUAAACCUGGACUUAACUUCACAGUAUUGGGUAAAUUGACUCGUCAAGAUGACGAAACAGUUUAUCUUCCAACUACCUCGAGGGUAAAGCUGACUGUGACCCACACAAUCCCUCUCUCCUCCGUGAGGUCCAACACUACCAAGACUUCAGAAUCAGGCCUACCAAAUGAAAAUAUAACGAUAAUUAAUAUGGACACAGCAGAACAGCAGGAAAUAGAAUUGGAAUUGGAGAGCCUUAUGAAUGAUGAGCUACAAAAUUCUCUUAUGAUCGAUACUAAAGAUAGAACGAUGAAUCCAGUCUUUCUCGACCUUGACGCCAAUGGAUUUUUCAAACAUGAAAUAACAAUUCCUGAAGGAACUGAAUAUAUUUACAUAAAUGCAGAGUACAAUGGUUUGUCCUCUUCCCUUUAUCUCCAGCCCAGUAAAUCACCAAGUAACUCCUUCAUGCAAGUCAGACUUCUUCACACAGACAGGAAACCAAAGGUAGGAUCGAUCUUAGCAUUUGAAAUCAGGACCACUGAAAUUACUUCCAACAUAUACUAUCAAAUUAUUUCAAAAGGCGGGAUUAUUGAAUCAGGGGGCCUUGAUAUGCAAUCUUCAAAACUGAAGAGAUUUAACUUGACGAUAAUAAAAGAAAUGACACCUAGGGCACGCCUUAUCACCCAUUACGUCAGGAAGGACGGCGAAAUUGUAGCAGAUGCUAUCAGCUUUAAUAUUGACGGAAGCUUUGAAAACAACAUAGAAAUAGACUUUGACGUUCAGGAGACACUCCCCGGAAAUGAAGUGGUGGUGUCCAUCAAAGCGGAUCCGGAUUCCACGGUUCAUUUGUUGGCGGUAGAUAAGAGUGUACUGAUUUUACGUAAUGACAACGACAUCAAAGAAAGCACGGUGCUUGAAGAAUUGAAAAGUUACGACCAGUACUGCUCAUAUGGUUCCUGCUUCAUUCGGGUACCCAGCCUCUUCGGAGUAGAAGAUACUGAUGAACUGUUCCAGGAGAACAAUUUAGCUGUUCUUACGGACGCCAUGGUUUAUAAAACCCCACGUCCUCCUUUCGAGAUUGUAUCUGUGAUGAGAAGUGACAGACGUGUAAGCAUUGGUGGUUCUAUAGCAGAACCAAAAAAGCAUGUUCGAACGUUGUUUCCAGAAACCUGGUUUUGGUUAAAUAAAACAAUAGGCCCGGACGGUAUGACGUCACUCAGUGUUCCUGUUCCUGAUUCUAUCACUACCUGGGUCGCUACAGCAUUUGCUGUCAACCCUAACUCUGGACUGGGACUGGACCCGUCCCCUGCUAACCUUAGAGUGUUUCAGCCUUUCUUUGUGAGUCUGACUUUGCCUUACUCUGUUAUACGAGGGGAACUAGUGGUUCUUCAAGUUAAUGUGUUUAACUACCUAAAGAAAGAUAUCAAGGUUCUCGUUAUCAUUAAUAAAAACACGGCCUUCAAAAAUGUCAUCACUUACCUAAAAGACAACCAAGCAAAAACCGGGAGAUUUUCAUUCAGAAUUGGACGAACAUUCAAUAUAGCACCUGGGGAGAUCUAUCCUGUCUAUUUUCCUAUUGUUCCUUCCGAGAUCGGUGAUCUUAAAAUUAAUAUCACCGCCACGUCAACUGGUGCUAGUGAUUCCAUUAUCCGGACUCUCAAAGUAGAGCCCGAAGGACUUGAGAAGGAAUUACACAACCCUGUGCUGAUAAAUACUGGUGAUUCUGGCACAUUUUCCGAAGAUGUAAGAAUAGAAUUUCCACCAAAUACUGUGGCCGGAUCAAGGCGUAUUAGGGCAUCAGUUAUUGGUGAUGUGAUGGGUCCAUCAAUCAAUGGACUAGAUUCGCUACUGAAGAUGCCAUAUGGAUGUGGUGAACAGAACAUGCUGAACUUUGCUCCCAAUAUAUUCGUACAGAAAUACCUAAAAGUUACAAAUAACCUAACACCAGACCUAGAAAAGAAAGCUAAAGAAUACAUGAUCAAAGGUUACCAGAGGCAGAUGACAUAUGUCCAUCCAGACGGAUCAUACAGCGCUUUUGGCAAGAGUGACGCUUCAGGUAGUACUUGGUUGACUGCUUUUGUUGUGAAGUCGUUCUCUCAGGCCUCAAAUUUUAUCACCAUUGACGAGAAUGUGGUAAGGGAUGCCGUAACCUGGCUCAUUUCUCAACAAAACAAAAAUGGAACCUUCAGAGAACCAGGCAUAGUCAUAAACAGCAGAAUGCAGGGCGGCUCAGCAGCAGGUGAGAGGACUCUCACGGCGUUUACUCUUAUCGCUCUCAAAGAAGCAGAGAACAUGCAGGGG